AUGGCUCGCUUCGGGGAGGAGGGGGCGGCCCGCUACGGGCCGCCGGGCGCCGCGGCCGGCGGCCCCCCCGGGGCGGCGGCGGCGGCGGCGGCGGCGGGGGGCGGCCGGGCGCCGGGGGGGCCCCGCGCCGGCGGCGGCCCCGGCCCGCAGCGCGUCUACAAGCAGUCGAUGGCCCAGCGGGCGCGGACCAUGGCGCUCUACAACCCCAUCCCCGUGCGCCAGAACUGCCUGACCGUCAACCGCUCGCUCUUCCUCUUCAGCGAGGACAACGUGGUGAGGAAGUACGCCAAAAAGAUCACCGAAUGGCCUCCUUUUGAAUACAUGAUUUUAGCCACCAUCAUCGCCAACUGCAUCGUCCUGGCGCUGGAGCAGCACCUGCCCGACGAGGACAAGACGCCCAUGUCGGAGCGGCUGGACGACACGGAGCCGUACUUCAUCGGCAUCUUCUGCUUCGAGGCCGGCAUCAAGAUCCUGGCGCUCGGCUUCGCCCUGCACAAGGGCUCCUACCUGCGCAACGGCUGGAACGUCAUGGACUUCGUGGUCGUGCUCACCGGCAUCCUGGCCACGGUGGGCUCCCAGUUCGACCUGCGGACGCUGCGGGCCGUCCGCGUGCUCCGGCCGCUCAAGCUGGUCUCGGGGAUCCCAAGUUUACAAGUCGUCCUCAAGUCCAUCAUGAAGGCGAUGAUCCCCCUGCUGCAGAUCGGCCUCCUCCUCUUCUUCGCCAUCCUCAUCUUCGCCAUCAUCGGGCUGGAGUUUUACAUGGGCAAGUUCCACACCACCUGCUUCGACCUGGUGACGGACGAGAUCAAGGUGGAAGUUCCUUGCGGGACGGACGAGCCGGCCCGGAUCUGCCCCAACGGCACCAAGUGCAAGAAGUACUGGGAGGGGCCCAAUUACGGGAUCACGCAGUUCGACAACAUCCUCUUCGCCGUGCUGACUGUCUUCCAGUGCAUCACCAUGGAAGGGUGGACGGACCUCCUCUACUAUAGCAACGACGCCUCAGGGAACACUUGGAACUGGCUCUACUUCAUCCCCCUCAUCAUCAUCGGCUCCUUUUUUAUGCUGAACCUCGUGCUGGGGGUGCUGUCCGGGGAGUUCGCCAAGGAGCGGGAGCGGGUGGAGAACCGCCGGGCCUUCCUCAAGCUCCGGCGGCAGCAGCAGAUCGAGCGCGAGCUCAACGGCUACAUGGAGUGGAUCUCCAAAGCGGAAGAAGUGAUCCUGGCGGAGGAUGAGACCGACGGAGAGCAGAGACUCCCCUUCGAUGCCCUGCGCCGCGCCACCCUCAAGCGGAGCCAGACGGACCUGCUGCGCCCCGAGGACGUUGACGAGCAGCUGGCCGACAUCUCCUCCGUGGGUUCCCCCUUCGCCCGCGCCAGCCUCAAAAGUGCCAAGCUGGAAAACUCCACGUUUUUCCACAAGCGGGAGAGGAGGAUGCGUUUCUACAUCCGCCGCAUGGUCAAAACUCAGGCCUUCUACUGGACCGUCCUCAGUCUGGUAGCUCUCAACACCUUGUGUGUUGCUAUAGUUCACUACGACCAGCCAGAUUGGCUAUCCGACUUCCUCUACUAUGCAGAAUUCAUUUUCUUGGGACUCUUUAUGUCCGAAAUGUUUAUAAAAAUGUACGGGCUGGGGACGCGGCCUUACUUUCACUCGUCCUUCAACUGCUUCGACUGUGCCGUCAUCAUCGGCAGCAUCUUCGAGGUGAUCUGGGCCGUCGUGAAGCCGGGAACAUCCUUCGGGAUCAGCGUGCUACGAGCUCUCAGGUUACUGCGCAUCUUCAAAGUCACCAAGUACUGGGCUUCCCUGAGGAACCUGGUGGUCUCCCUGCUCAACUCCAUGAAGUCCAUCAUCAGCCUCCUGUUCCUCCUCUUCCUCUUCAUCGUCGUCUUCGCCCUCUUGGGGAUGCAGCUCUUCGGGGGGCAGUUCAACUUCGACGACGGGACCCCCCCGACCAACUUCGACACCUUCCCGGCAGCAAUAAUGACGGUCUUUCAGAUCCUGACAGGCGAAGACUGGAACGCGGUGAUGUACGACGGCAUCAAAUCUCAGGGCGGCGUCAAGGGCGGGAUGGUUUUCUCCGUCUACUUCAUCGUCCUCACCCUCUUCGGCAACUACACCCUCCUGAACGUCUUCCUGGCCAUCGCGGUGGACAACCUGGCCAACGCGCAGGAGCUCACCAAGGACGAGCAGGAGGAGGAGGAAGCCGCCAACCAGAAGCUGGCGCUGCAGAAGGCCAAGGAGGUGGCCGAAGUGAGCCCGCUCUCGGCGGCCAACAUGUCCAUCGCCGCGAGGGAGCAGCAGAGGAACCAGAAGGCGCCGCGGUCGGUGUGGGAGCAGCGGGCGAGCGAGCUGCGCAGGCAGAACCUGCUGGCGAGCCGGGAGGCGCUGUGCCCCGCGCCGGAGCCCGACGAGCGCCGGCGCCUCGGCCCCGCGCGCCGCCUCCGCCCGGACGCCAAGACCCACCUGGACCGGCCGCUGGUGGUGGAGCCCCGGGAGAACCGCAACAACAACGCCAACGGCGAGGCGCCGGCCGCCGGCGACGGCUCCCGGCGACCGCCCCGCGCCGCCGCCCGCCGCGACCGCCCGCCCGAGCCGCACCGGCGGCACCGGCCGGCCGAGGGCGAGCGGGAGCAGCAGCAGCGGCGGCGGCACCGCGGGCGCCGCCGGCCGGACGACGGCGAGCGCCGCCGGCGCCACCGGCACGCCGGGCAGCCCGAGGGGCGGCGGGAGGACAAGGAGCGGCGGCACCGGCGGCGGAGGGAGAACCACGGUCCCGGGGGGCCGCCCGGCCCCACGCUCUCCACCGCCCGCCCCAUCCAGCAGGAGCCGGGCCGGCCCGGGCCCCGCGCGGCCGAGGACGCGGACAACGCGACCAACGACAAGCUGGCCGCCGGCGAGCCCCCGGCGCCCGCGGGCGCCCGCCGGAGCCCCGACCCGGAGCCGGCCAAGGCGCCCGCGAGGCCCGAGCACACGGCCGUGGAGAUCCCGCCGCCCUUCGCGCCGCCCGCCCGCGGCGCCGUCCUCCAAGUGAACAAGAACGCCAACCCCGACCCGCUGCCCAAGAAGGAGGAGGAGAAGAAGGAGGAGGAAGCCGGCGAGCAGGAGGAGAACGGGCCCAAGCCCAUGGUGCCCUACAGCUCCAUGUUCAUCCUCUCCACCACCAACCCCUUCCGCCGCCUGUGCCACUACAUCGUCAACCUGCGCUACUUCGAGAUGUGCAUCCUCCUGGUGAUCGCCAUGAGCAGCAUCGCCCUGGCCGCCGAGGACCCCGUGCAGCCCAACGCCCCCCGCAACAACGUCUUGCGCUACUUCGACUACGUCUUCACGGGCGUCUUCACCUUCGAGAUGGUGAUCAAGAUGGUGGAUCUGGGGCUGGUGCUUCACCAAGGUGCCUAUUUCCGGGACCUGUGGAACAUCCUGGACUUCAUCGUGGUCAGCGGGGCGCUGGUGGCCUUCGCCUUCACCGGCAGCAGCAAAGGGAAGGACAUCAACACCAUCAAGUCCCUCCGCGUCCUCCGCGUCCUCCGGCCCCUGAAGACCAUCAAGAGGUUGCCGAAGCUCAAGGCCGUCUUCGACUGCGUGGUGAACUCCCUCAAGAACGUCCUCAACAUCCUCAUCGUCUACAUGCUCUUCAUGUUCAUCUUCGCCGUGGUGGCCGUCCAGCUCUUCAAGGGCAAGUUCUUCUACUGCACCGACGAGUCCAAGGAGUUCGAGAAGGACUGCAGGGGGGAAUAUCUGGUCUACGAGAAGGACAACGAGGUGAAGGCGCAGAAGCGGGAGUGGAAGAAGUACGAGUUUCACUACGACAACGUGCUCUGGGCUCUGCUCACCCUCUUCACCGUGUCCACGGGAGAAGGCUGGCCGCAGGUCCUCAAGCACUCGGUGGACGCCACCUACGAGAACCAGGGCCCCAGCCCGGGCUACCGCAUGGAGAUGUCCAUCUUCUACGUGGUCUACUUCGUGGUCUUCCCCUUCUUCUUCGUCAACAUCUUCGUGGCCUUGAUCAUCAUCACCUUCCAGGAGCAGGGGGACAAGAUGAUGGAGGAGUACAGCCUGGAGAAGAACGAGAGGGCCUGCAUCGACUUCGCCAUCAGCGCGAAGCCCCUGACGCGCCACAUGCCCCAGAACCGCCAGAGCUUCCAGUACCGCAUGUGGCAGUUCGUGGUGUCCCCUCCCUUCGAGUACACCAUCAUGGCCAUGAUCGCCCUCAACACCAUCGUCCUCAUGAUGAAGUUCUACGACGCCUCGGACGCCUACGAGAACGUGCUGAAGAUGUUCAACAACGUCUUCACCUCGCUCUUCUCCCUCGAGUGUCUCCUCAAGAUCAUGGCCUUCGGCGUGCUGAACUAUUUCCGCGACGCCUGGAACAUCUUUGAUUUCGUCACAGUGCUGGGGAGCAUCACGGACAUCCUCGUCACCGAGUUCGGGAACAACUUCAUCAACCUCAGUUUCCUGCGCCUGUUCCGGGCCGCCCGGCUCAUCAAGCUGCUGCGCCAGGGCUACACCAUCCGCAUCCUGCUCUGGACCUUCGUGCAGUCGUUCAAGGCGCUGCCCUACGUCUGCCUGCUCAUCGCCAUGCUCUUCUUCAUCUACGCCAUCAUCGGGAUGCAGGUGUUCGGCAACAUCGGCAUCGAGGAGGAGGAGGACGAGUCGGCCAUCACGCAGCACAACAACUUCCGCACCUUCUUCCAGGCCCUCAUGCUGCUGUUCCGGAGCGCCACGGGGGAGGCCUGGCACGAGAUCAUGCUGUCGUGCCUCAGCGGCAAACCCUGCGACGAGAACUCGGGCAUCAAGGAGCGCGAGUGCGGCAACGAGUUCGCCUACUUCUACUUCGUCUCCUUCAUCUUCCUCUGCUCCUUCCUGAUGCUGAACCUCUUCGUCGCCGUCAUCAUGGACAACUUCGAGUACCUGACGCGCGACUCCUCCAUCCUGGGCCCCCACCACCUGGACGAGUACGUGCGCGUGUGGGCCGAGUACGACCCCGCCGCCUGGGGCCGGCUGACUUUCAUGGAUAUGUAUGAAAUGCUGAGACAUAUGUCCCCACCCCUGGGUUUAGGGAAGAAAUGCCCGCCCCGUGUUGCUUAUAAGCGGCUGCUCCGCAUGGACCUGCCGGUGGCCGACGACAACACGGUGCACUUCAACUCCACCCUCAUGGCCCUGAUCCGCACCGCCCUCGACAUCAAGAUCGCGAAAGGGGGAGCCGACAAGCAGCAGAUGGACGCGGAGCUCCGCAAGGAGAUGAUCGCCAUCUGGCCCAACCUGUCCCCCAAGAACCUGGACCUGCUCGUCACCCCCCACAAGUCCACUGACCUGACCGUGGGGAAGAUCUACGCUGCCAUGAUGAUCAUGGAGUACUACCGGCAGAGCAAGGCCAAGAAGCUGCAGGCCAUGAGGGAGGAGCAGAACCGGACACCCCUGAUGUUCCAGCGCAUGGAGCCGCCGUCCCCGACGCAGGAGGGGGCCCCGGGGCUGGACGCAGUGGCCGCAGCCGAGUCAGGCGGGGGGCUGGCCACGCACGACAGAGGCCUCAAGGAAAGCCAGUCGUGGGUCACCCAGCGUGCCCAGGAGAUGUUCCAGAAAACGGGGACCUGGAGCCCCGAGCGGGGGCACCCCGAGGACAUCCCCAACAGCCGCCCCAACUCCCAGUCCGUGGAGAUGCGCGAGAUGGCCAAGGACGGCUACUCCGACAGCGACUACCUGCCCAUGGAGGGCCACGGCCGGGCCGCCUCCAUGCCGCGGCUCCCCGCCGAGAACCAGAGGAGGAAGGUCCGACCCCGAGGAAAUAACCUCAGUACCAUCUCGGACACCAGCCCCAUGAAGCGCUCGGCCUCCAUGCUGGGCCACUCGCGCUCCAAGGGCAUCCGCCUGGACGACUACUCGCUGGAGCGGGUGAUCCCCGAGGACGGCCAGCGGCACCACCAGCGCCGGCGGGAGAGGAGCCACCGGACCUCUGAGCGCUCCCUGAGCCGCUACACCGACGUGGACACAGGCCUGGGCACGGACCUCAGCGUCACCACGCAGUCGGGCGACCUCCCCGGCAAGGACCGAGACCAGGAGCGAGGCCGUGCCAAGGACCGCAAGCACCGGCACCACCACCACCACCACCACCACCACCACCACGGCGCCGGGGACAGGGAGCGCUACGCGCCGGAGCGGCACGACUACGGGCGGCCCCGCUCCCGAGACCGCCGCUGGUCCCGCUCGCCCAGCGAGGGCCGCGAGCGCGUGGCCCCUCGGCAGGUGGGUCCCGCCGCCCCCUCGCCCCUCCGCCUCUAG